CGUGCCGGGCCGUCCCCUCGCCGGCGGGGCCAUGGCCGCGAGCGCCAAGCGGAAGCAGGAGGAGAAGCACCUGAAGCUGCUGCGGGAGAUGAGCAGCCUCCCGCCCAACCGCAAGUGCUUCGACUGCGACCAGCGCGGCCCCACCUACACCGACAUGACGGUGGGCAGCUUCGUGUGCACCUCCUGCUCCGGCAUCCUACGGGGCUUGAAUCCACCCCACAGAGUGAAGUCAAUUUCAAUGACAACUUUCACACAACAGGAAAUAGAAUUUCUGCAGAAACAUGGAAAUGAAGUGUGCAAACAGAUAUGGCUAGGCCUAUUUGAUGAUAGAUCAUCAGCAAUUCCAGACUUCAGGGAUCCACAGAAAGUUAAGGAGUUUCUACAGGAAAAAUAUGAGAAGAAAAGAUGGUAUGUUCCUCCAGAGCAAGCAAAGGUUGUGGCAUCAGUCCAUGCAUCCAUAUCGGGGUCUUCUGCUAGUAGUACAAGCAGCACGCCUGAGGUGAAGCCCCUCAAAUCUCUCUUGGGAGAAGCUGCACCUGCACUGCACUUAAACAAGGGCACACCUAGCCAGUCUCCUGUUGUAGGCCGGUCUCAAGGACAGCAGCAACAAGAAAAGAAACAAUUUGACCUUCUCAGUGACCUUGGCUCAGAUAUCUUUGCUGCUCCUGCUCCUCAGUCAACUGCAACAGCAAAUUUUGCUAAUUUUGCACACUUUAACAGUCAUACAGCGCAGAACUCUGCAAAUGCAGGUUUUGCAAACUUUGAUGCAUUUGGACAGUCUAGUGGCUCGAGUAAUUUUGGAGGUUUCCCCACAGCAAGUCAGUCUUCUUUUCAGCCCCAAAAUACAGGUGGAAGUGCUGGAUCAGUGAAUGCUAACUUUGCUCACUUUGAUAACUUCCCUAAAUCCUCCAGUGCUGAUUUUGGAGCCUUCAAUGCUUCUCAGAGCAAUGCAACAGUAACUGGAGCCAGUAAAGCUGCAGUGAAUAAACCAGGUCUCCAGUCAGCAGACAAAUAUGCAGCUUUGGCUAAUCUAGAUAAUAUCUUCAGCGCAGGGCAAGGUGGUAGUGAGCAAGGAAGUGGCUUUAGUACAGUAGUGUCUGCAUCAGCAGGUCCUGUUUUGUCAGCCCCAAAUCAGUCAAGUGCGUCGUCAGACAAGUAUGCAGCUUUAGCAGAAUUAGACAGUGUGUUCAGCUCCACCGCAACCUCCAGUAAUGCGUAUACUUCCACCAGUAACGUCAGCAGCAAUGCUUUUGGAACAGUACCCGUGGCUGCUACUUCACAGACACAGCCUGCAUCUUCAAGUGUGCCUGCUCCAUUUGGAGCAACACCUUCCACAAAUCCAUUCGUAGCUGCCCCUGUUGCCCCAGUGGCACCUUCAACAAAUCCAUUCCAGACCAAUAGCCGAGGAGCAACAGCAGCAACAUUUGGUACUGCAUCCAUGAGCAUGCCUGCAGGAUUUGGAACUCCUGCCUCCUACAGUCUUCCUACUAGUUUUAGUGGCAACUUCCAGCAGCCUACAUUCCCAACCCAAGCAGCUUUCCCCCAACAGACUGCUUUUGCUCAGCAGCCAAAUGGUGCAGGUUUUGCUGCGUUUGGACAGGCAAAGCCUGUAGUAACUCCUUUUGGACAAGUUGCAGCUGUUGGAGUAUCUAGUAACCCUUUUAUGGCUGGUGCCCCAACAGGACAAUUUCCAGCAGGAAACUCAUCAACCAAUCCUUUCUUAUAGCCUUAUAGACACUUUACCCAAAAGAACUCUUAUGUGGUCACAUAACAUCUCUGCGCCUCUUGCACUGUUGUCUUGUUUCACUGAUAUUAGCUUUAAACACAAAAGAAGUCUUUAAGAAGUUAAAAAGAAAGCCUGCAUUGUGUACCUUUGGGGGGGGGGAAAAGAACACAAGAAACCCAACAGGGAGUCAUUCCCCUCCCCUCACACACACACAAACAAAGAAAAUCAACCCCCUCCCUCCCACCUCCCCGGGUAAUAAUGUGCAAAACAGAGGGCUGUGGUAACAUCCUUGGACCUGUGAACUGGCAGGAAAAAAGUAGCGGUAUCAUGUAUAUUAAAAUUGGCUAAUAAGUUAUUGCAGAUACCACAUUCAUUAUGCUGCAGUACUGUACAUAUUUUUCUUAGAAAAUAGCUAUUUGUGCAUAUCAGUAUUUGUAACUUUAACACAUUGUUAUGUGAAAAAUGUUACUGGGAAAUAGAUCAGCCACUUUAAGGUGCUGUUGUAUCUCUUGGAAUGAAUGAGCUACAUCAUUUUAACCAUUGGUAUUGGAAGUCAUCAAAUUAAAUUGAAGGUUUGUUCAUUUCUCAAAAUGUUUUCCUUUCCUAAGAGCUCUUCUAUUUAUACAUGCCUAAAUCUCUAAUGUUAGAGGGAUACCUGUCUGCAUAAUAAAGCUGAUCAUGUUUUGCUACAGUUUGCAGGUGGAAAAAAAAAAAAAUAAAUAUUAGAAAAAAGAAGUGUAGCUUUA